AUGUUAACACGAUUAACUAUUCGUCAAUUUUCAAUAAAUAAUGUUAAGAUGACUUCUACUAGUCGUCUAUCAUGGCUCUAUCGCUGGCUUGAUGUCUAUGAAGAUUUUGUUGGUCUUAAAGAAGUCAAAAAAGCUCAAAGUGCUGUCAAUGAUGCCGAACGGGCAUUUAUAGCAUCACAAAAAGAACGCCGAUCAUAUUCCAAUGAAUUGAUAAAACUUCAAACUGAAUUAGUUCGUGUUCGAUUAGCAAUGGAAAAGCUAUCACGUAGUGAUGAUGCUUAUUUAGAAUUUUUUAAAAAUGAACAUGACCUAUUUAAAAAAGAAAAAUCGGCUCAAUUAGACUUAAAAAAGCAAGAUGAUAUUGAACGACAACUAUUUUCUUCACUUCAAUUAGCAUUACGUGAAAGUCAAGAGAAAGAAAAGAUGCGGAUUGAGAGAACAAAAUAUUGGUCGAUUAUUGGUUCUGUUGUUGGCGCACUAGCUGGAAUCGUCGGUGCUACAUUAUCGAAUCGUUAUCGCAUGCAAGAGUUUCGCAAUUUAACAAAUGAGUCCCAACAACUCUAUCAAGAUUUAAUUGUUAAACAAGAGCAAUCGAUCAAUCAAUUAAAAAACGAUUUAGUAGAUUUAUCUUCAAAAGAUCCAUAUGAAAAUGUUCUACUGUUAAAUGAACAAAGUGAACAACGUAUUCAAUCAAAAAUAAUUUAUCAUACUGGUUUUCUCUUAAUGUUUUUAAAUCUAUUGAAAAGUUUAAUCAUUCAACAACAAAGAGUUUUUCGAUUACAAGUAAGAUCUUUAUCUUCAAUACAAGAUGCUGUGAAUGAUAGUCAAGACACAGGAAUAGUGAAGCGAUUUUCACAAGAUAAAGGUUUUGGUUUCAUUACACGAAAUAGUAAUGGAGACGAUAUAUUUGUACAUUUUCAAUCAAUUCUUGGUACUGGAUUCAAAACACUUCAAGCAGGACAAAAUGUUCAAUUUAAAGUAUUUCAAGGCAUGAAAGGACUUGAAGCACGAGUAAAUUUUCUAGAAUUAUUAUGUUUUUGUUGCUAUUUUGUGUCUUUUUUUAUUUUAUUGGAUGUCCUUGUGAAUGAUCAAAUAUCUAAUACGAAUGACAAUCAAUCUAAAGCAUCAGAAACACUUACUAACGAUCGACAUAUUGGUAUUGUUCGAAAAUAUGUUAAAAAUCGUGGAUUUGGUUUUAUUACAAGAAAAAGUGACGGUGCAGAUUUGUUUGUACAUUCUCGGUCAAUUCGUCAUGCUGGUUUGGAAUCUUUACAAGAAGGAAUGGAAGUCGAGUUUCUUGCUGUUCAAAGUAAUCGUGGUGCGGAAGCGAAAGAUCUUCGAAUUAUUAAUAGAUUAGAUUCAAUCAAAAUCACGAACAAUCAGAAAAAAGAAUUAUCAGAUGCUAAUAUCAAUGAACAAGAAACAGGAAUUGUUAAACAAUGGAAUAAAGAACGUGGAUUUGGUUUCAUUCGUCGAAAAGUCAAUGGGACGGAUUUGUUUGUUCAUGUAAAAUCAUUGAAAGACGGUGUUCAAUCAUUAGAAAUUGGUCAACAGAUACAAUUUCGAAUAGGAAAAAAUGAAAAGGGUGAAGAAGCAACAGAUGUAUACUUAACGAAAAACGAAUAA